UCCUGGCAGCCAUGGCAGAUCUCUGUGGCCAUGGCAAGUGCCGGGGGCCACGUGCCCCACAUUCCCGUGGACACGCCGCUCUGCGGGUGACAGGAGGUGGCCUCUCCGAGCCCUUCGGGGCUCAGUGACCCAUCGAUGGCCGCGCCAUCGCCCAUCCUGAGCCAAAACGUUCCCGAUCCGUGCUGGGAAACGGCUCCGAGCGGGGCCCGGCACCGUCACGGCCUCUCCCCCACCUUGCAGAUGGCGUCCGCUACUGACUCCCGCUAUGGGCAGAAGGAAUCCUCGGACCAGAACUUCGAUUACAUGUUCAAGAUCCUGAUCAUCGGCAACAGCAGCGUGGGGAAAACCUCCUUCCUGUUCCGGUACGCCGACGACUCCUUCACGCCCGCCUUCGUCAGCACCGUGGGCAUCGACUUCAAGGUCAAGACCAUCUACCGGAACGACAAACGCAUCAAGCUGCAGAUCUGGGACACGGCCGGGCAGGAGCGGUACCGCACCAUCACCACCGCCUACUACCGCGGGGCCAUGGGCUUCAUCCUCAUGUACGACAUCACCAACGAGGAGUCCUUCAACGCCGUGCAGGACUGGUCCACCCAGAUCAAGACCUACUCCUGGGACAACGCCCAGGUCCUGCUGGUGGGGAACAAGUGUGACAUGGAGGAUGAACGCGUGGUCUCCUCGGAGAAGGGGCGCCAGCUCGCCGAGCACCUGGGGUUUGAGUUUUUCGAGGCCAGCGCCAAGGACAACAUCAACGUGAAGCAGACCUUCGAGCGGCUGGUGGACAUCAUCUGCGAGAAGAUGUCGGAGUCCCUGGACACGGCCGACCCCGCCGUCACCGGCGCCAAGCAGGGCCCCCAGCUCACGGACCAGCAGGCCCCCCCCCACCAGGACUGUGCCUGCUAGGGGCCAGCUCACCCCCCUCCCCAAAC